GGGGCGGUCCCGCGGCGUCCAGGCGGUGAAGGUAGGACUGCCAGUCCCGGGCGGAGAGUUCCCUCUCUCCAGCUGCCCGCUGUAACAGCAUGCCCCCCGGCCUCCGAGGACCCCCGGCCGGCCUUGCUUAGAGAAGACGCGGCUCCCCAGCACUGGGGCCGGGGCGUCUCUGCCCGCUCCUCCUCUGUCGCUGGAGAGCUGCCGUGCUGAGCAACUGGGAGAAGCAGGCCAGAGCCUUCCAGGGCCUCGGGCCCGGGGCCCCGUGGAGGAUGAGCUGGCUCUUUCCCCUGAGCAAGAGCGCCUCCUCCUCCGCAGCUGGGUCUCCCGGUGGCCUCACCAGCCUCCAGCAGCAGAAGCAGCGCCUCAUCGAGUCCCUGCGGAACUCACAUUCCAGUAUAGCUGAAAUACAGAAAGAUGUGGAAUACAGGUUGCCAUUCACCGUAAACAACCUGACAAUUAACAUUAAUAUAUUGCUCCCUCCACAAUUUCCUCAGGAAAAACCAGUGAUCAGUGUUUAUCCACCAAUACAACAUCACUUAGUGGACAAACAAGGAGUGUAUGUUACCUCUCCGUUAGUAAGCAAUUUUACAAUGCACUCAGAUCUUGGAAAAAUUAUUCAGAGUCUAUUGGAUGAGUUUUGGAAGAAUCCUCCAGUUUUAGCUCCUACUUCAACAGCAUUUCCAUAUCUGUAUAGUAACCCAGGUGGGAUGCCUCCUUAUGCUUCUCAGAGUUUUCCAUUUCUUCCUCCAUAUCCUCCUCAAGAAGCCAACAGGACUAUCAGUUCUCUGUCUGUUGCUGACACUGUUUCUUCUUCAACGAUAAGUUACACAACAGCCAAACCUGCUGCUCCUUCAGUUGGUGUCCUCUCAAACCUGCCAUUGCCUGUUCCCACGACAGACACUUCCAUACCGAUAAGCCAGAAUGGUUUUGGUUACAAGAUGCCUGAUGUCCCUGAUGCAUUUCCAGAACUCUCAGAACUAAGUGUGUCACAACUUACAGAUAUGAAUGAACAAGAGGAGUUAUUACUAGAGCAGUUUCUGACUUUGCCUCAACUAAAACAAAUCAUUACUGACAAGGAUGACUUAGUAAAAAGUAUUGAGGAGCUAGCAAGAAAAAAUCUCCUUUUGGAGCCCAGUUUGGAAGCCAAAAGACAAACUGUUUUAGAUAAGUAUGAACUGCUUACACAAAUGAAGUCUGCUUUUGAAAAGAAAAUGCAAAGGCAGCAUGAACUUAGUGAGAGCUGUAGUGCGAGUGCCCUGCAGGCAAGAUUGAAAGUAGCUGCACACGAAGCUGAGGAAGAAUCUGAUAAUAUUGCAGAAGAUUUCUUGGAGGGAAAAACUGAAAUAGAUGAUUUUCUCAGUAGCUUCAUGGAAAAGAGAACAAUUUGCCACUGUAGAAGAGCCAAGGAGGAGAAACUUCAGCAAGUGAUAGCGAUGCACAGCCAGUUUCAUGCUCCACUCUAGAUUUUCUUGAAAACAUGAACUGCCAAGAGAGGAAUGGGACACAAAACUAAGCACAUUUAUAUUUAUAAUUUGCAAAUUGGCAUUUCAUCACAGUGGCUGAAUUCAUAGAUCUACUCUAUAGAUUGGAUACAGAACUGAGACUGAUUUUGUACAGAUUAGAAUGAUUGCUGUGAUCUUUGCUCUGAGGAUUUUUUCUGCACUAUUUGCACUAAAAAUGUUUAUUUAUUGUUGAGAAAUCCUAUCAUAUUUAAGUUCAACUGCUCUUCCUCUCUUAUUGUCAAUUAAAUACCUAUGCAUGUAAUUUUAGCUAGUUUUGAUAUUUUAUAAAAUUACUUCAUUUAAAUAUGUAUUUUUAAUUUGAAACUGCCUCAUUUCUUUAUUAAGAAUAGUUUGUUUAGAUUUUUUUUCCUCUCAACCUUUUUUGAAAAAUUAUCAUUUCAACUGUAGACUCUUAUUUUUCCUUUCUUUCUGGAUGAUAAAAAAUUCAAAUAUAAUUUGUUCUUAACUAUUCAUAAUGUCAGGAAACACUGAUCUUCCAUUGUGCUGCCUCCAGAAAGUAACUUUUAAUACAUACAAUAAAUCAAAAGAGCAAACCA